AAGCAGCUGCGGGUAGGCGGGGAGGAAGGAGAAGGCGGCUGCGGGGCUGGGAGGUGUGAGCCGGGCCCGGAAUGUCCUCCUCGCCGCUGCUUGCGAGCCAUGGCUCUGCGGCUGGUCGCCCACUUCGACGUGCGGGCGGACGUGCUCCCGAGUCUGCCCGCCCAGGCGGGGACUGCGGCGGGAGGAGGAGGCAGUGCAGGUGCGGCGUAUGUUUUAGAAACAGCUUACGAGAGCUUACAUAUAUUAAACAUUGAAAGAAAUGGAAACAUUAUUUAUACCUAUAAGGAUAAUAAGGGAAAUGCUGUCUUUGGAUUAUAUGACUGCCAAACCAGGCAGAAUGAGCACCUGUACACCUUUGAGAAGGACAUGCAAGCUGUCAGCUGCUCUGUCAACAGUGAGAGAACUGUGCUUGCUGCGAGUUUCGUGCAGUACACUAAGGGAGGAGUAAGGAGUGAGCUUCAGCCAGGAUCAAAGUGCUUAACUUUGCUGGUUGAAAUCUGCCCUGUCAACAACGUGAAGGUUCUGAAAGCAGGGGACAGCUGUGUUUGGGUACAGUUCCUCUACCCACAUGGCGGAAGUCAUCACCAUCCACAAGACCACCUGUUACUGGUGUCAGAAGAGAAAUAUGUUGAACGGUUUCAUAUCCAGAUCACCAGAGAAGAUGGAAACAGAGUUGUAAUUAGAAAUUCUAGCCAUCUCCCAAGAGACAGAAUAGCUGAAGAUUUUGUUUGGGCUCAGUGGGAUAUGUCAGAGCAGCGAUUAUACUACAUUGAACUAAAGCAUUUGAAGAGUGUUUUGAAAUGCAUCCAGUUUUGGGGAGAUGAAAGUUUUAACUUAAUGUUUGAAAUGCCCUUGGACAUAUCAUUAAGUGGCUUAGGAUUUAAGCUUGUCAACUUUGGGUAUGACUCUCGUCAAGACCGUGAGAAGUUACGCAACCAGCCUUCUCUGUGCAUUUUCAGCAACCAUACAGGGAGUUUGUGUGUGUGCUACAGCCCAAAGGUGGACUCUUGGAAAGAAAUCACUUAUUCAAUAUUUUACCUGCAUAAAGGAUAUAGAAAGACCUUCAAGGCUGCUCCUGGGGGUGCUGACUCACACGUGGUGACAGAGGGCAUUUCUUUUCUCAGCCUUGGCUACUUUGUAGCAGUUUACUUGCCAGGUCAUUUCCUUCAUCUGCUUAACACUCAACACCCAGACUUGACCUGCCACAGUCUGUUUCUGACAGGAAACAACAGAGUGGCUUCUGUGCUACCUCUGAGUCCUUUACAGUCCCUGCCAGGGUCCCUGAUCCUAGACUGCUCUUCUGGAAAGGUCUACAGAGCUGCCCUUGACCAGUCAUACUUGAUGUGGCUCCUAUGGAACGCCUGCCUAGACUGUGAGAAGAUGGCCGCACUGCACUGCGCGCUCUCCUGUGGUCCAGAUGCAGGCUUCCUGGAAGACCAGAUCGUCCAGUGGGUGUCUGAGCAUGCCUCUCCCUGCCACUCAUUUGACCCCAUCCAGGAGUUUCUAGUUGCCUCUUCCUACUGGAGUGUGUAUCCAGAGCUGGUUGGCGUGGAUGUGCUCUUACCGUACUCCUCUGUGCUGACUUGGAAUGCAGAAAUUCCUGGAAUAAAGCUUGUGACAGAAGAGCUUCCAUUGCCUCUUAUGAAGGUCUACAACGUGAAGGGUUACUGGGCAAAACUGAACGCCAACCUUGAUUAUAUCAAGUAUACGAAGCCUCACUUACGCUAUCACAACAGUGUUGUGAGGAGAGAGUGGCACAACCUGGUCUCUGAAGAGAAAACGGGAAAGAGAAGAUCCACCAUGUAUGUGAAGAGCAUUCUUGACAAUGCGGCAAAGGUGAUUUCUAACUUGGAAACAAAGACACUGGUUUCAGAGCCACGGUUAAUACCCCUCUUACAAGAGGAAGAUAGACACCAGAGGCUGCUCGUGGGCCUGAUGGCAUCUGAGCUAAGAGACCAUCUACUGAGACACCUACAGGGUGUAGAAAAGAAGAAGAAAAUUGAACGGCUGGUUCUGGACUACAUUUCAAAACUGCUGGAUCUCAUUUGGCGUAUGCUGGAAACCAGUUGGAGGAAACACAGUGGGCACCCUUGGGUUUUCCACCUCAAUAACCAUGGCAGUGCUGCAGACUUUGAAGUCUUCCAUCUCAUGACCAGGGUUUUGGAUGCUACCAACAGUUUGUGUCUCCCUCUGCCUCCCGGUUUCCACUCUCUGCACAUGAUCCUCGGGGUCCACUGUCUCCCUCUGUACAACCUGCUGCACUACAUUGAUAAUGGGGUGCUGCUGCUCACGGAGACCGCGGUCACGAGGCUCAUGAAAGACCUGGACAAUUCAGAGAAACAUGAAAAACUGAAAUUUAGCAUCAUUGUGCGGCUCCCUCCGCUUAUUGGCCAGAAAGUCUGUCGGCUUUGGGACCAUCCCAUGAGUUCCAACAUCAUUUCACGGCACCAUGUGGCGCGGCUGCUGAAGAACUACAAGAAAGAGCCUCGGAACUCUAUGAUUGACAAGUCAUCAUUCCCAAUAGAAUUUCUGCCUCUGAACUACUUCAUUGAAAUUCUGACGGGCCUGGAGUCCUCCAACCAAGCCCUGUCUGAUCUCGAAGGACAUGACAACGUGGAUGCAGAAUUUGUAGAGGAAGCUGCUCUGAAACACACCAUGGUGCUUUUGGACUUGUGAAGGCGAAUGUGCCGAGGAGCUGCUUUCAGUGUUGUAUGUCGUUUCCACUCCCCCUCCCCCCUUUCCUGGGAGC